CCAAAUUUUGCUUACUCAAAAAAACAGAGCAACCUGAAAAAACAGAGUAAAUUUUAUUGAAGAGAAAAAAAUGGAGUCCUCUUUCUUCACCUCUAAAUCUUCCGAUUUAUCGCCGGAAUCUUCCUUCGGUUCACCCGAACCGCCUUUCGGUUGGGAUUCAACCGAAAAUUCUCUCCCUUUCAACGAAAAUGAUUCCGAAGAAAUGCUUCUCUAUGGUUUACUUUCCAACACAAGUCAAGAAACAUACAAAGCAAUAGAGAGUCCAACUAAGGAAGACGAAGUGAAUUCUAGGAAGGAGAAGUCGUACCGAGGCGUUCGGAAAAGGCCGUGGGGGAAAUUCGCGGCCGAAAUUAGGGAUUCAACCCGACAUGGAAUUAGAGUUUGGCUUGGAACAUUUGAUAGUGCUGAAGAUGCAGCUUUAGCCUAUGAUCAAGCUGCUUUUUCGAUGCGUGGACCCGCAGCUAUACUCAAUUUUCCCGUUGAAACGGUUAGAGAGUCUCUUCGCGAGCUGAAUGGCGGCGGUGGUGGUGGCGGUGAUGACGGGUGUUCGCCGGUGGUGGCACUCAAAAGAAAACAUUCAAUGAGAAGAAAAAUUGUGAACAAGAAAAGCAAAGAAAGGGAUUUGAGAAUAGAAAACGUGGUGGUUUUUGAAGAUUUAGGAGCAGACUAUUUAGAACAGCUUUUAAAUAAUUCAAUUUAAACAAAAAUAUUAAUCCAAAAAAAUUAUAUAGUACUUUGAUUUUGAUCAAAGAUUAUAAAUCUGUUUUUUUUUUUUUUUCAGUUAGAUUUUUGUUGAAACUGAGAUGUUUGAAAAAUCUGUAAAAUCAAUCCAAUUUGGAUUUUUUUUCUUGUACAUGUAUCUAUCUAUCUAUUUAAAUUAAUUAAUUAUUAAAUUAUACGAGCUAUUAUGUUUU